AUGAAGACGUGGUUCCAGAAAUAUCAUCCUGAUUAUUUCGGUAAGAGAGGUCACAGGAUUUAUCACAGAAAGAAAAAUGAUGAGUGGGCCAGAUGGAUUUCUGCUGCUAAGCUUUGGUCACUUAUUCCCAAAGAAACAAGAUAUGAUUUAAUUGAUAACAAAAAAGAUGCUGUACCAGUAAUAAAUUGUAGAGAUUUUGGAUAUCAUGUGGUAGUAGGAGGAGAGCUUUCUCUCGAUAGACCUGUGGUAGUUAAAGCUAGAAAGUUUACUACUGACGCCAAAGAGCAGAUUGAAAAAGUAGGAGGAAAAUGGAUUAUAUGUCCUUAA